UUCAGAGCAAACUGUCCUCUAUAUAUUGAACGCCCAGUUUCUCAACUUGGAGUCCACAGAUGAAAAACUAAAACUUUCAGAAAUAUAUACCACAUCAUGAAGAGUUUAAGUUAUGCAAUAUCUAUGGCAGCUGAGAAGCAUAAAGUCUAUAUUGCAAUGAUCUUCAUACAAUUCGUGUAUGCUGGCAUGGCCUUGUUUUCUAAGGCAGCAGUUUCUAAAGGAAUGAACCCUUUUGUCUUUGUGGUCUAUCGCCAAGCUUUCGCCUUCCUUGCCUUGGCUCCAUUUGCUUUCUUCUUUGAAAGUUCAAAAGAAGUUCCUCUUUCCUAUACCUUACUCAUCAAGAUUUUCUUUAUUUCCUUAUUUGGGAUUACACUGAGUUUAAAUCUGUACUAUGUUGCAAUCAACUACACCUCUGCAACUUUUGCUGCAGCCACCACCACUGCAAUUCCUGCAAUUACUUUUGUUAUGGCAGUUUUAUUAAGGAUGGAAAGCAUUUCGAUAAAGCAUUUGCAUGGUGUGGCCAAGGUGUUGGGUUCUGUCACCAGCCUUUCAGGGGCUGUGGUAUAUGCUUUAAUCAAGGGGCCUCCAUUAAAGUUCAUGAACUGGUUUCCAGAAAAUCUAGACCACCAAAUCCAUCCAAAGAGUUCCCGCAGAGGGGAGUGGAUUAAAGGUUCCCUCAUUAUGCUCUCAGCCAACACUGCUUGGUCUUUGUGGCUAAUUUUGCAGGGUCCAAUUGUGAAGGAAUAUCCAGCAAAGUUGAGGCUUACUGCUCUGCAGUGCUUCUUUAGCUGCAUGCAGUCUGCUUUCUGGACAAUUGCGAUUGAGAGAAGGCCUUCAGCUUGGAAGAUUGGAUGGGACAUUCAUCUUCUAGCUGUGGUCUACUGUGGUGUAAUUGUAACCGGGAUUACUUACUGGCUACAAGUUUGGGCCAUACAGAAGAAAGGUCCAGUUUUCACAGCAAUGUUCACUCCUUUAGCACUAAUUAUAACAGCAAUAUUCUCAGCAAUCCUGUGGAAAGAAGCCAUCUACUGGGGAAGUAUUGGUGGAGGCGUAUUGCUGGUUGCUGGUCUCUAUAGCGUGUUGUGGGGAAAGAAAAAGGAGGACCAGAAAAGUAGAGAAAAUGAGCAAAAACAAGAAAACAAGGAGGAAGUACUCAUCGUAUAAGUGACGGAGCAGCUAGUAGUCAAUAAAAUGGAUUAGUAAUCCCACGAUGAGAUAAAGUUCACAUGGAGACUAAUUUUAGAGCGGCUAGUGACUGCCAUCUCUCAGUGUGAUCAUAGUUAACUACUCUCUUUUCACAUUUUUCUUUUGCGUUUUUGAGGUUUCUAAGUUUGCAGUGUAAUUUUUGUAUAUAUAGAAGGAAAAUGAUUGUUGGCCACGAUGAGGCCUAAGAUUUGUUACGUCAGUUUCAAA